UUUACUGAGCAAUAAAUUAUCCCUGUGGAGGGUUCUCAUGCCUGUGUAUGAAAUGUCAGAUGAUGCAUCGCACAGAAGGAAUAUGAAGGCUGACUGCACAAACUGAAUACAAAAAAAUGCUUAGUCUUUGAAGAAAUAAACUGUUAAAGCAGUUUUCCUACUGGAAGUUUUUUAUUUGCUUUCUCUGACUGGACAAACAUGGAUGAUAAAUAUAUAUCCAAACUGUCACCUACUGCAGAUUUCUGUGCAGGAAUCUACCUGCUGAUAAUUGCUGUCCUGUCUGUCGUGGGGAAUGCAGCCGUCCUGGUCAGCGCCGGCCGUCGCCUCUCCCUCCUCAAAGCUCCAGAGCUCCUGACGGUAAACUUAGCCGUAACAGACAUCGGCAUGGCCAUCAGCACGUACCCGCUGUGCAUCGCCUCCGCUUUUAACCACGCCUGGAUGGGCGGUGACGCCUGGUGCCUCUACUACGGCCUCAUGGGAAUGAUCUUCAGCAUCACCAGCAUCAUGACUCUGGCUGUGAUGGGGAUGGUCAGGUACUUGGUAACAGGAAGUCCACCAAAGACAGGUAUCAAGUUCCAGAGGCGAACCAUAAGCCUCGUGAUCAGUGGGAUCUGGCUAUUCGCUGGGCUCUGGGCCUUGUUUCCUCUGCUUGGUUGGGGCAGCUACGGCCCGGAGCCAUUUGGACUCGCCUGUUCAGUGGACUGGACUGGUUAUGGAGAAUCCCUAAACCACGCCACCUUCAUCUUGACUCUUUUCGUGCUCUGCACAUUCCUCCCCUGUCUGGUCAUUCUCUUCACCUACUUUGGUAUCGCCUGGAAGCUGCACAGGGCCUACCAGUCCAUCCAGAACAAUGACUUUCAAUACGGCAACAUUGAAAAGAAAAUCACCCUCAUGGCUGUGAUGAUCAGUUCGGGUUUCCUCAUCGCCUGGACCCCCUACGUCGCUGUCAGCUUCUGGAGCAUGUUUCGCCCCCGCGAUCAGGUCCGCAUGACCAUCUUCGUCACCCUCUUACCCUGCCUCUUCGCCAAGAGCUCCACCGUGUACAACCCUUUCAUAUACUUCAUCUUCCAGCGUAGAUCCAGUCACAAACCCCUGGACUUCAAGAGACGCAUGUUUUGUUGUUCUUACAAGGAAAAGUCUGCUGCUGAAGGCAACGUGGUGAAAAGCUUGGAUGGCGCUGUGUUCGGAGAUGCAACUUGCAUGGUUCUGAUUGGAACUCCUGGCAAAAAGUCAGAUAAUCAGUUGAUGACUUUGAGCUAAUAUUGCUUUCUUUAAGUUGACACUGAAUGACUAUACCUCUACAUUGUGGGAAAUGUGCUUUCUUGCUGCUAGAUGAUGAUAUGAAGCUCAUGUCUGUAGAGUCAAUAGUUUAGCUUAGAACAAAAGCUUCAAACUGAGCGAAAUAGCUAGCUUCUCAGCUUUAUUUAUGUUUUUUGUCCUGAAAAACGUUCUGCAAAGUUCUGGUAAUGUUUUCUUUUAUUCAUGUUUUUUGUUCUGAAAAAGUUCUGCAAAGUUCUUGUAGUGUUUUCUGUUAUUUCCCUGAAUAUUCUUCUGACAGGCAAGACAAAGUUCACUGAAACUAUUCUUCAACAUUUGUGAAAAGUUGCACUGAGCACCCUUUGUUUUCAUGUUACGUUGUAUGAAUCUUUUAUAGAAGAUUGCUCUCAACAAAAACAUUCCUAGAAUACUGCAGGCAAAACAUUCCACCUUUGUUAAUACGUCAUAUUACAGGAACAUUUUGUCUUUUGAGGCUGUGGUAAUAUCUCAAAAACAUUUUUUCAAUGUUGGUUUGAAGCAUUAUUCUUUGUUAUCGUGGAAUGUAAUCUGGCAACAUUCUCCAAACAUCCUCUAAAUUUUUAAACAUUUUAAGCUCAUAGGAACAUAAUUAGAAGUGAUACAUAUCAUUUAAAGGUUUUCUGAACAUUUGAUUAAAAUGUUUUCUUUUAAACAAUUUUACAACUUGUAGGUAAUGUUAGCCAAUGUUGUGGGAACAUCGCUGUCUAAAAAUUACAAUAUCCACUUUCCGGAAUCUUUAAAGAGGCCAUGUAAUGCAAAAUCUAGUUUUUCAUUGUUGUUGAGCAUAAAUAUGUCUCCAAUAGGUCUGAAAAAUGAGUAAAGUUCUUACUGUUCACAUAGAUCAGAAAAUGUGUCUCUGAAUGACGCUUUCAAGUUUGUGUGAAUGUAUUUCUCUUCUUUGAAAGAGGUAUAUACAGCAGUAACUCAGGUGGUUUCAAAGCUAAAGAUGCUGAAACAAUCCAUUAGAAAAAGGGCUAAAACUAGAGAUUUAACUAACUGUAAAAUGAACAAUCUGUGCAGUAUUUUGAUGUGAAACUUUAAAUACACAUUCUGAGGACAUGUUAGACUUGCGUUAACUUGUUAAAAAUGGGUGCCAUAUGGGAUCUUUAAACUCAUCAGCUAAUACACCCAUUUGUUUAUCCUGUACGAAACCCAAACCCAAACCCAAACCCAUCAUUCCAUCCAUCCACUAUCUGUACAUCACUUAAUCCUCUGUAGGGUUGCGGGAGGGCUGGAGCUCAUCAAACCCUAAAAACUACAAUGCCUAUAAAAAGUCCCCCUGCUUGGAUGUUUCACCCUUUUGUUGUUUUUAUACAUGAAUUUGGUGAUAUUUUUCAGCAUUCAUGUUCCCCUCCACCUUUACAAGCCUAAAAGGGCCCACUGCUGAGAAGCAUCCUCACAUCAUGAUGCUGCCACCACCAUGCUUCACGGUGGAGGUGGUGUGUUUGUGAUGAUGUGCAGUGUUUGGCAUCUAGUCUGAUGGCCAAAAAGCUCAAUUUUUGUCUCAUCAGACUCAAGAACCUUCUUCCAAUUGAGCUUGGAGUCUCCCGCAUGCCUUUGGGUAAAUUCCAAGUGAAAUUUCAUAUGAGCUUUUUUCAACCGUGUCUUUUUCUUUGCCACUCUCCCAUGAAGCAUUGACUGGUGAAGAACCCAGGCAACAGUUGUAUGUACAGUCUCUCCCAUCUGAGCCACUGAAGCUUUUAACUCCUUCAGAGUGGUCAGACAUGUCUUGGUGGCGUCCCUCACUAGUCUUCUUCUUGCCUGGUCGUUCAGUUUGUGAGGAUGGCCAGCACUAGACAGAUUUAAACAAGUUCCAUACUCCUUCCAUUUCUUAAUGAUGGAUUUAACUGAACUCAUUGGGAUGUCCAGCGGCUUGGAAAUCUUUUUGCAGCUGUCUUCUGAUUUAUACUUUUGAAUUAUCUUUUUUCUGAGUUGCUUGGAGUUUUCUUUUGUCUUCAUGUUGCUAUUGCAGCAGGAAUAUCAAUGAACCAGAGACUGGACCUUCCAGAUACAGGUGGAUUUUUUUGUACUACAAUCAUUUGACACACAUCAACUGCACUCAGAUGAUCUCUAUUUCACUAACUGUGACACUGCUUGCAUCUAGCUAGCUGGACCUCUGGUCCUCUGACUUUAACCCUUUGAUGCACCACAUGGGUCAAAAGUGACCCAUAUUCAAUGGAAAAUGGGUAUCUCUUGACUCAUGCUGUGCAUCAAAGGGUUAAAGGGAAUCGAUAUUUAUGCAGUCAUUUACUUUACCUUAUAUAUUUUUAUAUAAUUGACAUGAUUUUGUAAAAAUCGGUUUCACAAAAGGGUGAAACAUCCACAGAGGGUGAAUACUUUAUAUGGGCACUGUACAUCAACUACAUGCAACAAUCUGUAGAAAAUGUUACAAAUUCCUGUUUGACUGUAAUAUCCCAUCCACCUUCGCUUCGCAUCUUCUUCUUCCACGCACAAACAGAAAAAUAACAUCAAUAAUAGUCAGGACUGAGUGCAUUAGAUAUAUACUAAAUAAUUGGGACAGAAAACCAAAUGAAACAAAACAAGCGUCACAGCCAACAGGCCCAAAGACUGUGACUUUUUUAUUCUGCUGAAGAAAAUAAAAUAUGCGUAACCAAUGAAACGUGUGGAUAUCAGCAUAUCAGUAAUGUAGAGCGUACAUUGAUGUGUGUUUAUAUUACAAGCAAAACAAAACCAUGCUGUUGUCGUGUGUCUAUCUUGAGAAAGGGUAGCUCCAGUCAGCCAGAAAGAGUGUGAAAAAUGAGUGUUUCUAUCGAGCAGAGCACGCUGGGCUCAGGUGUGGCUCAUGCAGCUGCUAAAUCUCCAUCCAACACUUGCAAAUCAACCAAAAAUAUCGAGACACCUAAUGCCCACGUGGAGAGGUUGUCGGACAAGAACGAACGAAGAAAAAUCUGAUAAUACAUCCAGUGCAGCAUGUUAGCCUAACUUCCUGAAACACUUAUCUCACCUGCUUCUUCUCGAUCUUACAGUUUCAAGUCUUAGUACUCAGCUAAAGAAACCAGCUGCUGGUUCUAAUCACAUAUUUAGAGCAAAGACAUAGAAUAACUCCCAUUUUUUUCUCUUUUUAACUUGAAAAGAAGACUUAGAUAAUGGUAGUUGGCUCAGAAAUGUGGUGAGCUUAAUGGGAAUACUACAUUUCUGAGAUUUCAGGAAUGACUUUUGCUAAAGCUCACAGCUUGAGCAAACUGAAAAAUUCUCAGUUUGGUAGACAUCUAAAUGGUGCCCAGUUGUCUUGACUGGAUUUGGUCCAAAAGUGGAACUUUACUAGAUGUCUGGAUCUCAUAGACAUCAUUAAACGGUUAAAUAUUUGAAAUUAUGUUUAAAAUGCAUCAUUUGAUUUACAUUUUUUAAAAAUUGCAAAUGGAAGCAUCAAGACAAACAAUUAACUCAAGCUGGGAUUAAACUACCAGACCAGCAGCUUCACAGAUAAACUGCACACCAGAAGCUCAUAGUAUUUAUACUGAAAAGGCAGGUGGAUAAUUGUUAAGCACUGUGACAGUGCAGUGAAUAAGCUCUCCAAGAGACACACUGUCAGUCAGGAAAACAGUUUCUAUGUAGACAUAAAUGUAUACACUACACAUGUUUCUUUUAAAUUCAAAAAUUGUUAAGUGGUGUCGAUAAAAAUGGCAAUUCAAAUUACUGUAGCACAAUAUGGAUAUCAGUUGUGCAUCUUAUAUGAAAACGAAUGUUUUUGUGAUGAAUGUAAUGAGGAAUUGAACUGUUUAGGUUAUAAGUGGACUCAGUAGAUGUACACACUGUUGCACAUCUUUUUUGUUUUUAAAUAAUGACAUCUUAGAAAUAUGUUUAACAGAUUGGUCUAAAAGUGCCCACAAUCUAUAUAUAACUAUAGCUUACUUUUACAACAAUGAGUUCAUUAUUUCAUAUCUUUAUAUUGUGCAUCUCUAUACAUUAGUAGUUGUUUUGUAAAAUAUGUAGUAAUGUUUCGGCUAAAAUAGGGCUACAUUUAUUUAGCCGUACCAUUGAGAAAUGGUAAUUUCAUUAUUUCAGCGUAUUAAAUGGAUUUCAGUUGUGAAUCAUAGAUAUUGACAUUUGUCUGUGUGAUAUGUAAAUUAUGUAAUACUGGGCUAAACGUGGACUAUCUUUAGCAGAAUACUCAGAGCUGUAUGAGAGCUAUGUUGUAAUUAUUACAACCACACAACUCUCAAAAACCUCUGUAGCUUAUACACUAUACCAUUUGCCAAUAUUUCACAUAAACAAUGCAGCAAAGGCACAGCAGGUCGCUCAUUAAAACAUUCUUCCACAUGCAACAGUCAUGCAUGAAAAUGAUCAGAUUCCAACAGCAGAAGCUUGAAAAGAAAAACUGCUUGGUUGGAAAAAGGGACUGCUGGACCAGAGGGCGGAAUGCAUCAGAUAAUAUGUGCAGUGUGUUGAGUGUGCGGAGUACUGCGCUCUCUGAAUGCUUUUCUUGUUUGGUAUUGUCGUCAUCUUGUGCACCGGAGAAUAAUGUACAAUUUAAGGUCACUGGGAAAUGUACAGUAGUGGAAAAUGAACUGUAUGACAUGAACACACAUCUAGUAAUCAUGGUAAUGUACCUUUUUUCAAGUGUGUGGCUGUAAAUAAAGAAAAAUGC